CCAUGCCACACAAUCUAAAAGCGCACCUCAUCCUUGUAGGCUGCUCUCUGAGACAGAUAGACAAUGCUUGUGGAUCCCAAACUUGCAUAAACAACAGCGAGAGAUAGAGAAAGAGAGAGAUGAUGAUGAUGAUGAUCGAAUCAGCGAUGGCUGUCAGAUUUCCCGCCGGCUCAAAUGUCUUCUCUUCCACCGCCUUUCCCUAUUGUCGUUCAAUGUGGAGCUCUGUGGAUGUUCAUGGAACCCACGUCACCUCUUGCCGACUCCCUCACUCUUGCGGUUUUAAUGUGCCGUGGAAUAGAACUAAAAGAUUAAAAGGCAUGCCCUUGAGAAGAAGGAACAGUCUCGUAAAAAAUAGAAUUCAAGCAUCUGUGGAGAAAUUGGACUCAGCUUGGGAUCCUAAAAGGCAGAACGGUAGGUCACAAUAUCAUCCAUCUGAGGAAAUUGCUGAGUCAACAUCAGAAAACAGUGAUGAUGCUAAACUUACUGCUGCAGAAACUGCUAGGACAAUAAUUGAGGUAAACAGCAAAGCAACACUGAUGUUUUCCAGUUUGAUCAAUGAUGAAGUUCAUGAGAAUAUUAUACUGCCUGACUUGCCUUGUGUUACUGAUGAACAUGGAAAUAUAUACUUUCAAGUGAACAACGGUGACGAUGUUUUUCAAUCGUUGUCUUCAGAAAAUAACUUUGUGCAAGUCAUCAUAGGUUUGGAUACUAUGGAAAUUCUAAGUGAGAUGGAGUUAGAAGGUCCAACAGAAAUUGAUUUUGGAAUCGAGGAAAUUGAAGAUGAAGAUAGCGAUGUUGAAGAUGAUGACAAUGAAGAGGAUGCUGAGGAGGAAGAUAAUGAUGAAGAUGAUGAUUAUGAUACGGACUGGGUUGCCGUUCUUGAAGAUGAAGAUGAUGAGGAUGAUUCUGAUGAGACACUUGCAGAUUGGGCAAAGUUGGAGACGAUGCGUUCCUCUCAUCCAAUGCAAUUUGCCAAAAAGCUUGCUGAGGUUGCUUCAGAUGCUCCUAUUGACUGGAUGGACCAACCUUCAGCUAGUCUUGCCAUCCAAGGCCUUCUAAGACCUGCCUUUAUUGAGGAACAAUCUAUCAUCCAAAAGAAUCUAUCUGAUCAUCAGUCCAGUAAUGCUGACAUAAAUCAGGUUGAAAAAAAUCUAGGAGACAAAAUAGAAGAUCUUGGCAUGAUUAAUGGUCAUAGACGUGAAUCAGGAUCAUCUGAGGAUAGUUCAGUCUGGGCAGAUGAAACAGAGAAGGAUGAAAAUUCUGUGAAUGGGACUUCAUUUUACAGGCUGGAGAUGAUUAGGAUUCAAUUGUUCUCCUCAUAUGGACAUCCGGCUGUUGUUGAAGUAGAAGACUUUGUGAACGCUCAACCUGAUUCCAUUGCACACUCGGCAGCCAAAAUUAUAUCUCGUGUGAAAGCUGGUGGAGAAAAGACCGCACAGGCGCUCAAAUCUCUCUGUUGGAGAUGUAAGGGCAUUCAAGUGGAGGAGGCAGCACUUUUUGGUGUAGAUUCCCUUGGGUUUGACUUAAAGGUUUGCUCAGGAACACAAGUUCAAACUUUGCGGUUUGCGUUUAAUUCGCAGGCUACUUCAGAGUACAGUGCUGAUAGACAGCUUAAUGAUCUACUCUUCCCAAGGAUCCACCAAAAGCCGCAACAGAUGAAAAAAUCUCAUCAGAAUGAAUGCUAAUGUUGUCUAAUACCAUGUUCCAGUGUAAUUCUGGUUCGUGAUUGUACCAUGCGCAGACACAAGAUUUGAAUAGAGAGAAGGUCAAGGAUGAAUGAAAAAGAAAAAUCCUUGAGUAGUCACCACAGCUCAUGUAAUUUUUGUUUGCAAGGAAUACCAUGGGCUAUAAUUCUUUUCCAA